AUGGCAUCGGUCUGGGCCGCGCUGCAGCGGCGGGCCGCAGCCGUGCGGCGCGUGCGCCUGACGCUCUUCGGGCGCGCCUGUGCCAUCCUCGCCGCCGAGCUGGCGGCUAAUGCGCUCCUCUGGCUCGUCGCGGCCGUGCUCUUCACGCGCCCGGGCCAGGACCGCAACGUGCUCAGCCUGACGCUUGUCGCGUGGACCACUGGCCUGCGGCACGGCCUAGACGCCGACCACAUCUCCCUGAUCGACAAUGCUGUGCGUCGCAUCAUGGCCGAGCCGCCAGUUGGCACUCCGCCGCGCCCUCGCCGGCCGGUUACGGUGGGCCUGUUCUUCUCGCUUGGACACUCGACAGUCGUGUUCGUCACGACGAUUAUAAUCGCUGUCAGCGUCGCCGCCGCAAAUCAUCUCGACGGCUUCGGCGAGAAGGGCGGCAUCGUUGGCGCGAGCAUCUCGGGCAGCACGCUGCUCCUGCUUGCCGCCAUCAACUCGGUCCUGCUGUGGAAGACGUGGCGCCGCCUCCAGGCCGCUCGGAAGGCGCAGGCCGAGGCGGAGCUGUCCACAGAGAAGGGCAUCGAUGACGGACCGCUCAGCCCGGGUGUCGAGAAGACAGACGAGGCACAGCUCCGCGACACGGAGCAGCAGACGCCGCCGCGCAAGCUGCACUUUGAGGGCUGCCUCACGCGCGCCGUGGCGCCGCUGCUGCGUGCACUCGACCGGCCGUGGAAGCUCUUUCCGAUUGGCCUGCUCUUCGGCCUUGGCUUCGACACGGCGUCGACCAUUGCGCUCCUCUCCGUCGCGCUGGCGGCGUCGCAGACGGGCGGCGACGCGGGCGCCUCCAGCGCCAAGGUCGUGCUGCUGGCGCUGCUCUUCACCGCCGGCAUGAGCCUGGUGGACACGUGCGACAACAUCCUCAUGCUCUUCUGCUACGCGCCCGAGCGGCCCGUGGGCCCGGCACGCUGGCGCAUCUUUGAGGUGCGUGCGGCGCCCGAGCCUCAGCCCGCGCUGCCCGACGACGAGCUGGUGCCUGAGCUGCCAGCGUCGGUCGCGCCGCGCUUCGAUGCGCCAGCGUCGACGCUCAGUCUCGGCCUGACUGCACUCAGCAUCUGCCUGGCGGCGAGCAUCGGCCUCAUCGUGCUGCUCGGCCUCAUCGGCGACGAGUGCGCGCGCUGCGUGCGUGCCGCCGACAAGCAAGACGAGACGGGCGACGGCGGCCUUGAGGGCCGCUGGUGGCUGGCAUGGCGCCGCGCCAACGACCAGUCCGGCUACAUCGGCGCCGCCAUCGUCGGCGUCUUUGCCCUCUCACUCGCGGUCUUCUACGCCAGCCGCUGGCUGCGCAGCCGCUACGCCCGCCCUGCCACGCCCGCGCCUCAGCAGCCUGUUCUGUGA